AUGUCAGCAACACAAAAACAAUCAGAUGUAGAUAUUGCUCUCACUUCAAAGAGAAUUAAUAUGGCUUUAGAUGAAUUUAUUAAAGAAAGCAAAAACGAAAAAAGAAAUAAUCAUGCCAAAAAUAGAAUAGGAAAAACUAACAACAGACCAAGAACCAAUACCCAUAACAACAACAACAAUAACAACAAUAACAACAACACCACUAAAAAAUUCAUUAGCUCACCAAGAGUUAAAAAGACUUUAUCAGUUUCACCAAUGAAAAACAAACUUGUUAGCCCAGAUAAAAUUAAAAUUCAAAUUCAAAACAACAAAGCUAAACCAUUACCAAAACCAAUUAGUAUUCGUCCAAAAAUAAGAGUUGCUACUCAACAAAGAUCCAUUAGAGCACCAACUAGAUCUGUUGCAACAAGACCAACCAGAACUGUUACUACCUCUUCAAACAACAAACCAACAAGAUUUGUUAAACAUUAUGAAAAAUCAAUCACUUUAAAUGAUAGAUUCAGCAAGAAAUAA